GUUGAUUGAUAAUUCCAACAAAUUCCAAGUCCAAGCAGAACAAAUUCAGUCGGUUUCGCGAGUUGUUGGUCCGCGAUGCGCCUCUUCGCGGCCCUUUGCAUCCGUUCCAAGGGCCCUCCUUUGAGACCGGCCGUCGGCGACCUGACCCUGAAGUACUCGAACCUGCCCGAGAGGUACGUGCGAAGGGCCAUGCGGCAGAUCGAGUGCCAAACUCCCAAGGGCAAGCCGCAGUACCUCAACCGGACGCGCGAAAGGGUGAUUUUCAAAUUUUCCGAGCACCGGCCGUGGACGCAGGAAUUCCACCAGGACAACAUGCUGCACAAAAAAUUCUCACGUGAUCUGAUCGAACCCGUGGCCGAGUGGAGCUUCUUCAGAGGAGACAGGGUCGAGAUCCUCGUUGGAAAGGACAAAGGCAAACAAGGAAUGGUGUCGAACGUUUUCCAAGAGAAAAAUUGGAUCAUCGUCGAAGGCCUCAACACCGAAAUCAAAAUGAUGGCCGCGGACGAGAAGUUCAACUUCCCUGGCAUUGCCACCCGAUGGGAGAAGCCGCUCUUGGUGACCUCGGAGGUCAAACUGGUCGACCCGUCCGACUUGAAAAGCACCGACAUCGAGUGGAGAUUCACCGAGGAGGGAGAUAAAGUCCGAGUAAGCAUGAGGACGGGACGGAUCAUCCCCAUUCCUCCGAUGGCCGAGGAGACUGUCGACUACAAAACGAAGAGUUCGUAUAGAGAAGGCGACAAAGACACCCAUCCAGACGACCUAACCAAAAUCACCUUCGAGCCGAAACUCUGCACGUUCGACAUGGAAAUCGCAGACAAAAUGGGCAUCAAGGAAGACCGAGUUGCAGCAAAGACGUAUUGGUACUAAAACUCAAGCAAAAUAUGAUGUACCACGAAUCUGCAUUUUUGUACAUAAUUGAUGUUUAGUCUAAAUAAAAGGAAAAUCAUUUGAAAA